GUUUUAAAUGGUGCUAAACGUCUUGAAUUCGACAAACAAUCUCUGGCAGUUAACAUCCGUGUGGAGUAUCUCUCAUUUUCGGCGCAUGCAGAUGCCAGAGGAAUCGCUCAACUGAUCAGCCAAUGUCAACCUCGCCAUGUUCUUCUAGUACACGGUGAAGCAUCCAAAAUGGAGUAUCUGCGCUCACGAAUACAAAGAGAGUUCGGCCUUCUUUGCGACAUGCCGGCUAAUGGAGACAUUAUUCAGGUGCCCACAAGACCCGUCCUCUCAGUAAAAGCAACUACGCAACUCUUGCUCGGUCAUGGAAGUAAGUUUAUCUAA